AUGGCAUCUUUCCGUAUGCCUGAGGAGUGGGCUGAGCAUCAUGCUCGAAACGCACGUACCGAUUCACGAACGCUCCCGCCAGCUGCUUUCCCCUCGUUACCGAUAGAUCAGCCACCUCAAGCAGUGCCUACUCAGCCACUUAAUGACAAUGCCGAUGACGAUGAUGUUACGGACUCUGACGUGGAAGAGAAAGAGAACCGCCCAACCUCGACAGACAGCGACAAGCCCAAUGUUAUCAGCGAGGUUUCAUGGAAAGCGAUCAAUUAUCAUAUCGGCCAGUACACUCCGGCGGGUGGGCUUUUAGAUGAAGCCGUCAUCACCGAGAGGCAGCGUUUAGUCGACGCUGGCCUUCUAUCCACAGCUACAAAUCGCCUACAAAGGAGGUCCUGUCCAAGAAGUGUAAACUACGGAUUUCUCCGAGAGAAGUAUGAUGAGCUCACGAACAAGAGGGAGACACUCAAGACCAGGCUUCGUAUGCUAGGAUACCAGGGCCGCCGACUACAGACUACCAGUCUCCCAGCGCGACCGACAUCCAUCGACGCCCUUUGGCACGCCGUCCAGGAUCUCAGGUGGCUGACACACCGCCUCGAACUCGUCGAGAACCACGCCCACCACAUUGCGAAAGCAAAGAGACGCUUCCUCGCGCCGCCGAAGCCUAAGAAGCUGAGAACACCACACGUGACCCGUCCCGACGCGCAUGCUCUCUGCCUCCCUAUAUGCGGAGGGCGCAACGACCCCGGCUGGCUGGCCAUGCAGGCCACAGCCAGAACCUCGCGCAUCGCACGCGCGGCAUUGCACAGGCGGUCUAAUAUCGUGAUGAGAGGCGCCCCUCCGCAUCCCCAGCAGGCGGGCUUAACUGGAAUUCAGAGCUACUCCAUCGUCGACGCACCGGUCUUCGGAGGUAGUCUCAUCUCGUCCAUGGCGGCUAUCGCGCACGGGGAUGUCGAGCCCGAUGUGCCCUCUAAUCUUGUCGGUCUGGAUGAGGAGUCUGAGAGGGCGUGGAGGCAGCGCUGUCUCUGUAGGAGCUAG